UUCCACCGUUUAUAGACCCGGAGAAUCCACUUGUUAUCAGUGUUGAUAUUACAUAUCAAUCUCAAAUGGAUAUAGAUACGGCAGAAGGAACAGCUGCCGUAUUUCUUACUUUAAUCCUGACAUGGGUUGAUCCACGAUUAAAGUGGGAUGUUCAGGAUUUCGAUACCUGCAGCAAUAUGGUUGAUGUCUUUACCGGAUCGGAUGUAGAAACAACACAAAUAUGGGUACGUCUGUGAUUGAUAUUUCUUUUUGGAAUUUGAUUGAUAAUCCGCCUCGCUACUGUGAGUGUGUUGCGACGAAUGAUCUCUCCCUUAUAGUUUUCCAUCCGUACCUACUUUGUUAUUUUGUUGCAUCCACAUCGUUGACUUUGAACACACAACUCUCUCAAUCCAGAUGCCAGAUUUUGACGUGUUGAACGUUGUUGAAGGCAUUGCUUCUCUACCUGACAAGAAAGCAGCAGUCUAUAGCAACGGUGUUGUUCGAUGGACGAUUUCUGGCGGACUAAAAGUAUUUUGCUCCAUGAAAGGGCUAGCAAAUAUACCCUACGAUACGCUUGGAUGCCAACUCCUUUUUGGUCCUACAAGUCGCGAAAUCAGCCCAAAUUUGAAGUUCGAGUUGGUAAACCCUGAUGAAUUCUCUGUUGGCGCUUUUAAAGGUAAGAAGGGAUUACCCUUAACUGACGCCAUGCUCUCUUAAAUUUACCAGUUGCCGAACUCACUUCGUGCCUUUCCGGAAACUAGUGACAUACAACGAAUGGAUAGCAGUACCAGAAAAAAUGAAGAAGGGAAUGAUUGGCGACCAGUUAAUGUUUUUGAAUGUUUUUUUCCAAAGAGCAAAGAAUUUUUACGUGAACGAUAUCGUGGUGCGUGUUUUAUUUGCGUUUCUUUAUUGCAGCUAUGCUCGAAUGUGAUUUGAGCUUUGCCAACGACCAAUGGGAGUCUUAUUCUCAUCCCUCCAACUCAAUUUUUCUUUAUCUCACGUUAAUGCGUCAUAUACAAACACAAAAACUGCAAUGAUUUUCAAAGAUUCCCACCAUCAUCUUGACCUAUCUUAGUUUCUUCACUUUCCUUCUGGAUAUGCGUGUUGGGUACGUCUAGAAUACACUUCAGCAGCCGAAAUCGAAGCGGCAAUACCCAUUUGUUUAUUUCUUUCACUCUGUUGCUCACUUUUUUGGUUCGCCAAUCGUUGCUCUACCUAUCUUGCGAUUUACAAUGAUAGGGAACGUUUGGGAUUCGGGAUGGCUCUUGCAUUGGUCAUUGUCGCGCAGCAAAUUAUUACUGGUGAUAAGCUUCCUAUAUCUGACCAAAAGCUCUUUUUGGGAAAGUUGGUUGGUUGGUCUUUUUAUUGGGUCCUCCUAAGUCUUGUACAAUCUGCGGUUGUCGGUUUUUUAUAUUAUCUGCGAGAGGAUCGUCAGGCCAAAAAAGAAAACAAGAAUAUCGAUCGCAUGUCUCGUGCUGAACGUUCAGCCAUGAUGGAACGAGCACAUGAAGAAGAGUUAGCACUUACAGGCGCGCCGCCGGAAUCUUUUUCUUGGGAGGCAGAGAAGGAGUCGUGUUUCUAUACAUUUAGUUUCCGGAAAUUCGACAUGUGCUGUCUUGUUUUUGCAACUAUUUCCUACACCGUUUUCCUCGUCUGGAUGUUUGCAUCCGUUCAAGAAACGGAUUGGUGGUUGAAGGACGAACCCACAUGGUUCGAUGAGAACGUCGAAAUUGAGCAUCAAGCAUACAACAAUAGCGAUCCAGAUAGCUAAAAUCAAGAGAAGCAACUUUGUCUUCUUGGUGCAAAAGUGUACGGUUAAUAAAGUGAAAAUAAUAGC